CUUCCUACACAAUAAAAUAUAAAUGUCAAAUAUUGCAUAUAUUAUUAUUAUUAUUACUACUAUAUAUAUGGUAAUAUUAUAUCUCACUCGCAACUAUUACACUCACAUUGUCAUAUAUAUCCAAGAAUCCCAAACGCCCUCUUUUGGGUCCCUCACAUUGUGUCUUUAUCUAUACCUUUUUGUCCUUGUUCCCUUCUUUUUCCCUUCUUAAUGUCGUCUUCGUCGUCGCCUUCUUCUUCUUCCGAAGACGAGAAUGGCAAUGGUAAUGGUGGUGGCAGCCCCAGCGAAAGAAGAGCGGGAGAUUUUGAAGGGCCAUCUUCGUCUCGGCGACGUGCAGUUAACGAGGCCUUGCCGGAGCAUUUUGUCGAAGCUGUAGCUGCCCAAGUUGCCAUUGACGCUUCUCACACUUUCGGCCGCCUUGCUGCGGCUCAAGCCCUCGCCAAUGUGUUUCAGGUUUGUUCUACGUGGCGUGCCGUCUCUCGGUCUGAUCUUUUAUGGCAGCGCCUCACUGAACUUAUUUGGGGCCGGACUCAAUUACUUCGUGACACAUGGCACAACGAGUUCGUUUACUGGCAUCGGACUGCCCAGAACUUCAGGACGCGCAGGUCAGCGCACGCCACGCUCGACUUCUUCGACCAGAUCGAAGUGGAUGACCCUGAUGUCAACUCCUGCCGUUGCCUCACUCUCUCCGAUCGCCACAUCGCCUGUGGAUUCGCCGAUGGUGCGGUCCGCCUCUUCGACCUUGAUACCCUGGCCCACGCUCGCACUUUCAUUCCCCAACCCGGGAAUAUUUUGGGUCCAUUUUCACGGGCCGUGUCCGGUAUUGUUAUAGUCGACGGAGAUACGAGGCUCAUCUUCGCCACGAUGGAUGGGAAUAUCCACGUGGCGAUCAUUGGUAGUCCAGGUCCGGCGGCAAUUCUGGUCUGUGCGGGUGAUAUGAUGAACGACGGGGUGCUGGUGGACUUCACCGGCUGCGACCGAUGGUGGGUAGGGCUCUACGCUGGCGCGCCGGGCCGGGCAUUCCACAUAUGGGACGCUAUAAACAAGGAGCUAGUUUUCGUGGGAGGGGCGUUGACCGACCCGGACGCGGUGAGGGGUUGGCGCAUGUUGACGGAUGUGAGGGAGUUCGUGGGCCGGGUCCGAGUUACGAGUCUGGAAUCGGCUGUGGCGUGCACAAGAUCUAGGGCGAUUGUUUUCGAUCUGAGGAACCAAGGAAUGGUGUUGCGGGAUGAAGAGUACAGAAGAGAUCUGGUGGUGACAUCGAUGGAUGUAAGCGAGGAGGCAUUCGUAAGCGCGGACAUACGUGGGGUGGGUAGAGUACGGAGAGUGGGAACGAUGGAGGAGGUGUGUAGGUUUAACGUGAGGGGGCGUGGGGGCGUGGUGGGGUGCAUGAACAGAGGGUACGCGCUAAUGUGCUCGGGAGGUGUGAUAAGAGUGUGGGAGGCAGUGAACGGUGACUUCCGGUACAAUUUUAGAGAGAGAAUAGGAGAGGUGAAUGCUAUGGUGGCAAACGAGAGGCACGUGGCGGCAUCAACAAGGGACUCGACGAUACACAUAUGGGAUUUUGGUGCACACUAGUUGGGGAAUCCUUUAUAUUUUUUUAUACAUAUGGAUGGAAUGGGAGGGAGGGACUGUAGAAGAGAAGAGAAGAGAGUAGUGUUGUUUAGGGUGGUCUGGUUGUAUUUGAGUUGAGAUGUUGGCAGACUGUGGAUGGGCGUGGGAUUUACGCACGCUGUUUUGAGGUACUUUCUAGGUUUAAAUGGUUCUGCUGGAUCGUGCUGGUACUUUUUUAGGUUUAAAUGGUGCUGACCCAAAAAAAAAAAAAAAAAAAAAAAAAACAGAGGGAGGGGCUUUUUAUUCUUUCUUUGUUGUAUAGUUUUGAAGUUUUCCGUAGGAUGGAUGCAAGCUUCUUCUUGGGGCCCCCCCACUCUCUCUCUCUCUCUCUCUCUCUGGGCUGUAGCUUUACUUUGUACUUUGUAUGACUUUCUAAUUUUAUUUGGGUAAUUCUAAUUUUUAUCAUUUGAAAAA